AUGUUUAGUAGAUUUUCAACCACCAAGAGGUUCAUAUCUACAACAAAAUUCCAAAAUAAAAACCUUAUAAGAAAUAUACCGAUCCAAAGAUUAUAUUCAACUACAAAUAUUCCACAACCAAGAAAAAGUUCAACUUUUGUUAAAAUAAUAAAAUAUGGUUUAGGAGCAGGUAUUUUAGGAGUUGCUGGAUUUAUUGGAUUUGUAAGUUAUAAAGUAUAUGAAGAAACUCAUCCAGUGGCUCAAGAACCACAAUCUGCUACCUUUCCAAAUGGUGAGAAAAAGAAAACUUUAGUUAUAUUAGGAUCUGGUUGGGGUGCCAUGCCAUUGUUAAAAAGUUUAGAUACUACUUUAUAUAAUGUUAUAUUAAUUUCACCAAGAAAUUAUUUUUUAUUUACUCCUUUAUUACCGAGUGUACCUACUGGAACUGUUGAUAUGAAAUCAAUUAUGGAACCAGUUAGAUCUAUUACUAGAAGAUGUAAAGGACAAGUUGUUUAUUUAGAAGCCGAAGCAAUUGAUAUUGAUCCAAGUACAAACACAUUGAAAAUUCAACAAUCAACUACUGUAUAUUCUGGCCAUGCAAAAGAUAGUUCUUCAUCAAGUCAUCCAAAAAAACAUAUUGAGCAUGGGUUAGAUCAUAUUAUAGCAAAUAUAAGUUAUGAUUACUUGGUUGUUGGAAUUGGUGCACAACCUUCAACUUUUGGUUUACCAGGAGUUGCAGAACAUUCAACUUUUGUCAAAGAAAUUGGUGAUUCAGCAAGAAUUAAAAAAACAUUAAUAGAUUUAGUUGAGGCAGCAAAUAUGUUACCUGAAAAUGAUAAGGAACGUAAAAGAUUAUUACAUGUUAUAGUAUGUGGUGGUGGACCAACUGGUGUUGAAGCCGCAGGAGAAAUUCAAGAUUAUAUUGAUCAAGAUUUGAAAAAAUGGGCACCUGAAGUUGCAAAAGAUUUAAGAGUUACAUUAGUUGAAUCACAACCAAAAGUCUUGCAUACUUUUAAUCCAAAAUUAGUUGAAUAUACAAAUCAAGUUUUCAAAGAUACAAAUAUUAAUUUAGUUACAAGUGCAAGGAUUAAUUCAGUUGAUAAUCAUAACGUUACAAUUUUCCACAAAGAUAAUCAAUUAACAGAAAUUGUUCCAUAUGGUAUGUUGAUUUGGGCAACUGGUAAUUCAACAAGAGAUUUUACACAUAUAAUAAUGGAUAAAAUUGAAGCUCAAAAAGAUGCAAAGAGAGGUUUGUUAGUUGAUGAUCAUUUAAAAUUAAAAGGUUCAAAUAAUAUUUAUGCUUUGGGAGAUUGUACAUUUACAAAAUAUCCACCAACUGCUCAAGUUGCUUAUCAACAAGGUGAAUAUUUAGCUGAUUAUUUCGAAAAAUUACAAAAAGUUGCUAGUAUGAAAUAUAAAAUAAGUCAUGAAUCAAAUCCUUCCGAAUUUGCAGUACAAAGAUGUAAUAGAUUAGAAGGUAAUUUACCUCAUUUUAUUUAUAAUUAUCAAGGUUCAUUAGCUUAUAUUGGUAGUGAAAAAGCAGUUGCUGAUUUAGCUUGGGGUUCUUGGUCAAAUGUUUCGACUGGUGGUAAUUUAACUUUCUUAUUUUGGAGAUCUGCAUAUGUUUAUAUGUGUCUUUCCGUUAAAAAUCAAAUAUUAAUUUGUUUAGAUUGGUUGAAAGUUGGUUUAUUUGGUAGAGAUUGUUCAAGAGAGUAG